AUGUGGAUAUUUUAUAGUUCGGAAGAUUCAAAGUGUAUUUUUUCUGUUUGGAACCAGUGGUGUUUGUACUACGCAGCAGUGAUGUGUUUGUUGUUUUCGCCCGCAAGGAUGGACGAUGUUUGCCCGUCGUCCUGCUUCUGUACCAGGGACUCGGGGACGGUGACCUGCCGUGAUGGGGACUACGCUGAGGUACCUAGAGACAUACCGGAGUGGACAUCCACCUUCAUACUUAAGGGGAGUAACAUCUCAACUUUACAGCGUGAUGCGUUCAUGACCAACGGCACAGAGUUGGAAAUGACGACACUCUCUCUGUCCUAUAACGGGAUACAGGCUAUUGAACCCUAUGCCUUCCUGGGGCUUUCCCGGUUACAUUUGUUGGAUCUUAGCCAUAAUCAGCUGGAGUUUAUCUCAUCCAGGGCUUUCCAUGGAUUACCUGAGCUGCGUUCUCUUUACCUGAAUUACUCUAUUUUGCCUGCGGCCACGACGCAGCUCUCAGAUGCGCUCAACACACAAAGUUUGCGCAACCUCCAUAGACUAGAGUUGGCGGGAAACACGCUGACGUUUAUACCCCUUCAGAGAUUAGAUAUCUAUAACCUCCACGCACUGGUGCUGAUAAAUAACUCAAUAGAGAGCAUCGGGAGGGAAAACGUAACCAGUUUGUACCAGCAGAGGCGCAUACGCGUCUACUUGUCUUUAAAUCCGUUUCGCUGCAGCUGUGAACUGGAGGCGUUUUACUACUGGCUGAAGAACUCAUCCCAGUGCCCAGAUGCAGGGCGUCUCCUGUGCAGUGAGCCGGAGGCCAAGAGGGGGAUUGCUGUAGAAAAGCUCCGGGGGGAGGAGGUUGAUUGCAUGAACGAGAAUCUCGAGGCGGUGUCAUAUGUUUUUCUCGGUAUAGUUUUAGCCCUUAUCGGGGUGGUGUUUCUGAUGGUGUUGUAUCUCAACCGGGGAGGCAUCAAACGGUGGCUCAACAACAUCAGAGAGGCUUGCCGAGACCAGAUGGAGGUCUAUCAUUACCGCUACGAGCAGGACUCAGACCCCAGACUGGCCAACGUGGCUGUUUAACCAGAUGAAACAUCAAUCCAGUGUUGUAUAAUGUGAGGACUGAUUAUAUUUUAAAGAGGAUGGCCACCAGGAGAACUACUUUGUCAAAGACUGUGGCCUUGCCCUGUCACAACUACAAUCGAUGGUUUUUAAAAACUAGUUUCAUUAUUUUCUGCCCAUGAAUUCACUCUGGGAUAUGCACAGAGCCAAAGGCAGUUAAAUAACUACAAGUAACUGUUCAUCCAGCACAACUGAGUACUUAACUCUUCUAAGCAGUAUUGUAUAUAUUGUAUAUGAGUAUCUCCUUAUGACAAGAAUGCUUUUCAUGCAUCAUGUUAACUCACACAGUCAGCAUCUUGUCACACUUGUUUAGCAUUUAUCUUCAGUAACCAAGUGAAAAGCAUACAGGAAAGACACAUCAAACUUUCCCAUUUGAAAAGCUGUUUCAAUGUUAUUACUGAAAGCUGCUGCCCUUGGAAACUGCUUAAUAUUUUACAUUCAGGAAAACCUGCACAGAUAACAAGACUAUUCUGCUUUUAAUCUACCAAGGAGUGCACAUUGUCAGAAAACUUUCAGAGAAGGAAAUUGGACAGAUAAGGAAAGUCAUUUGGCAUUUUUAAUUGAGUGCCAUGUUUGUGGAACAUGUUACCAACCAUAUUUUUUAUGAUGAGUAUUUUAUCUCUGAGGACAAACCUGUAUCAUUUGACACCAGAUCAUAUUACCAGUAAAGCUGUG